AUGCUGGCAGAGUCAGGCCCAACGGCGCAGGAGCCAGACCCGCUCAAUGCCGUGAAACUGGAGGAGGAAGAGGCCGUGGGCCUGGAGGCAGGCGUCAGGCCGGAGGUCAGGCCUCGGCCCGAAGUGGCCCACCAGCUCUUCCGCUGUUUCCAGUAUCAGGAGGACAUGGGCCCACGGGCUUCGCUCAGCCGGCUGCGGGAGCUGUGCAGCCACUGGCUACGGCCCGCACUGCACACCAAGAAGCAGAUGCUGGAGCUGCUGGUGCUGGAGCAGUUCCUGAGCGUGCUGCCCCCGCAUCUCCUGGCCCGGCUGCAGGGCCAGCAGCUCCGAGACGGGGAGGAGGUGGUGCUACUGCUGGAGGGCGUGCAGAGGGACCCUGGCAACGUGGGACCGCUGGAUUUUAGUCUUCCUGCUGGCAAGAACUGUCCCCAGGCAGACGGCACCUUGGAGGAACAGAGCGGAAAUCCCCACGAUUCCAGCCACAGGCCCAAAAAGGAGACACAGUCAGAGGGACUUCCAGCCCUGGAGCUGUGGCCCGAACUCCCACCUCCCCAGUCAUGUGACUCAAACACGGCCGAAGUAGGUCUCUGGAGAGGUCCCGCCAGUUCACAACAGCCCCUGAGCCCGGGGUCCCAGAGACAAUCCCAGGCCCUGCAAGAGAUCGCCCCCAGGAACCCCGUGCAAUGGCUGGAGGAAAGUGUGCGUGACCAGGAGCUGGCAGCUGUGCUGGAGUCCCUGACCUUUGAUGAUGUCCCGGUCAAGAAAACAUGGACCGUGUACCCCAGAGAUUUUGAAAUCAGAACCUCGAACGGGGUGUUUAAAGUGGAAGGGGCUGGAGGAGUGGUCUGGCCAGCAGGUAUCAGCGCCUCUGGAACCCCAGUCGAGGAGAGCCCCCAAAUCAUCAGGGAAGCGGCGAAUGAUAGGAGUCAACCGCUGGAGCCAGGCCCGGAGGCGAGCGUGAGCUCCGAGUCACGGGGGUCCCCAUCGGGCAGGAGUGACAUUGUGGAGGUCCGCGUGGCCGAGGACACCCCGGAGUACGAGCUGAAGCUGAGAUUCCUAUGCAGCGAGUGCGGGGAGAGCUUUCCGCGCCGGUCGGGCCUGGAGACGCACCGACUCCGUGCGCACACCACGACUCCCGCUUUCGUGUGCCCGGUGUGCGGGAAGACGUUCGGCCGCAGCUCCAUCCUCAAGCUGCACCUGCGCACGCACACCAACGAGCGGCCCCACGCGUGUCACCUGUGCGGCCACCGCUUCCGCCAGAGCUCGCACCUGUCCAAGCACCUGCAGACGCACAGUUCCGAGCCCGCUUUCCGCUGCGCAGAGUGUGGCCAAGGGUUCCGGCGGCGUGCCAGCCUCCUGCGCCACUUGCUGGCCCAUGCCCAGGCCCAGGAGGUGCCGGGCAGCGUUGCAGCAGCCGUGCCCAAGGCCAAGGCCAAGGUCAAGGCCGAGGCGGCCACCGUGCCGUGUCCCCACUGCUGUCAGACCUUCCAGCGCCGCUCCAGCCUCAAGCGCCACCUGCGCAUCCACGCUCGGGACCAGGCGCACGCGGGCUCCAGCAGCACCCCCGAGGAGGGCCUCGCCCGGGAGCCCCCGCAGCGGCCCUACGUGUGCGGCGACUGCGGCAAGACCUUCCGGCGCAGCGAGCACCUGGGCGCCCACCGCCGCGUGCACACCGGGGAGCGGCCCUUCGCCUGCCCGGUGUGCGCCCGCCGCUUCAGCCAGAGCUCGCAGCUCGCGUGCCACCAGCGGGUGCACACGGGCGAGAAGCCCUACGGCUGCACGCACUGCGGGAAGCGCUUCGUGCGGCGCGCCGGCCUGGCCCGCCACCUGCUCACCCACGGCGGUCCGCGGCCCCACCGCUGCGCGCAGUGCGGCAAGAGCUUCGGCCAGACGCAGGACCUGGCCCGGCACCGCCGCAGCCACACGGGCGAGAAGCCGUGCCGCUGCAGCCAGUGCGGGGAGGGCUUCACGCAGAGCGCCCACCUGGCCCGCCACCGGCGCAUCCACACGGGCGAGAAGCCCCACGCCUGCGACACCUGCGGACACCGCUUCCGCAACAGCUCCAACCUGGCGCGCCACCGCCGCAGCCACACGGGCGAGCGGCCCUACGCCUGCAAGACCUGCGGCCGCAGCUUCCGCCGCAAGGCGCACCUGCAGCGCCACCUGGCCACGCACGUCGGCCUCGGCUCCAGCUCCGGCUCCUCCGAGGACCAGGCGGCCGCGGCCGGCCAGGCCGAGGAGCCCCAGGAGUGCCCCGAGUGCGGCAAGAGCUUCAGCCGCGGCUGCAACCUGCUGCGCCACCUGCAGGUGCACACGGGCGAGCGGCCCUACGCAUGCGCACAGUGCGGCCGCAGCUUCAGCCGCAACUCGCACCUGCUGCGCCACCUGCGCACGCAUGUGCGCGAGGCCCUUUACUAG